AUUUUGCUUUUGCAGAAACCAGGCGGACGAUUCUAUCCUUGUCAAUAUUGCCGGUUUCUUAAUUUUUUUGUGCAAUUUUAAUCAAUGCUUUAAUUUAAACUUUUAUAAUCUGAUAAAUUUUAAAUUUCAAAAUGGCUUUUGAUGUUAGAAGAUUUGACAUUUAUCGAAAGAUUCCGAAAGACCUGACUCAACCUACAUUAACUGGAGCUGUGAUUUCAGUGUGUUGUUGCUGUUUCAUAUUACUUUUAUUUAUAUCAGAAUUUCUUCAUUUCAUUAAUGUUAAUGUGUCAAGUGAACUGUUUGUAGAUAAUCCUGGUGAUAAUGAUCGAAUUUUGGUUCAUCUGAAUAUAAGUCUUCCCAGAUUAUCUUGUUCAGUAUUGGGCUUAGACAUUCAAGAUGAGAUGGGACGCCAUGAAGUUGGUUUCGUUGAAAAUAUUCUCAAACAACCAUUAGGUGAGAAACAAGAGGGGUGCUUGUUUGAAGGAAGAUUUUAUAUAAAUAAGGUCCCAGGUAAUUUUCAUGUUUCUACUCAUUCUGCUUCAACACAGCCAGAUAGCAUUGACAUGGCACACAUUAUUCAUGAAGUUAGUUUCGGAACCCGAAUGCCAUUCGAAGAGCUUACUAAGGGUAACUCUCCCAUAAAAGGUUCUUUCAAUCCUUUGAAAGGUAUUGACAGAUCUAAGGCCAGAGACAUUGAGUCGCAUGAUUAUGUGAUGAAGAUAGUACCAACUAUUUAUGAGACUCUUGAUGGUCUUAAGAUAGAAACCUACCAGUAUACUUAUGCAUAUAAGAGCUCAGUUACAUUUAGUCAUUCAGGUAGAAUAAUGCCAGCCAUUUGGUUUCGUUAUGACUUAACUCCCAUCACAGUCAAGUACACUGAGUCAAGGCCGCCACUUUACAGCUUUUUAACAACAGUUUGUGCUAUCGUAGGUGGAACUUUUACUGUAGCUGGAAUCAUAGACUCCAUGGUCUUUUCUGCAUCAGAAGUGUUCAAAAAAUUCGAGAUAGGGAAAUUAAGUUAAUUUCUGAAAAACUUAGUUUUAUUUGUUGGAAUCUCAAUAGCUGAAAAAGUACGACUUUCUUUCCACCGAUAUCUAAAAGGAUUUUUAAGAAAAUCCAUCUUCCAGUAUCAUUAAUAAAUGGAGGAAACAAUUUGUCUUACUUUUAAUGCUGUUGAAUUUGUGUAUGACAUUCCUCUUUUAUAUAUGUUGUAUGUGGAGAAUGGUAAAAUUAAAAAAAAUGUUGUUAUGUUUGGUUUGUGAUAGAUAUUGGCAAAUAGGCUGUUUUGUUUAUAAAUGAUGCCUUGUUCUUAUUUUGAAACUUUUUUUUCUUUUCUUUAUGAAGUAUUUGUUGUUGAGAUUAGUUCACAAUUAUUGUAUUUGCUGAAAUGGUGCUAUGAUCUCGGAAAUGUUUAUGCAAUAUCUUGUUUUCUCUUUUUUUGAAAUGUUUUUUUUAAAAAAUGGGCUGUUUUACUUUCAUCCCAUUUAUAUUAUGUAUUGCAUUUAUUUCAGUAUAAGGCGUUUUUCUUUAUAUUCAUGGAAUGUUUGAAAGCAAAUUUAGAUUUUUUUUAUAAAAUUAAGUUGCACAUUUAUCUGGAUCUUAAGGAAAUUUUAUUGUUUUUACUGAAUAUUAUUGUUUUAAAAUUUUAUGCUAUGUUAUUCAGAGAGAAAAACAAUAAUUUUUAUGGAAGAUGAAAACCGAUGAUGUACCAAAGGAUUUUAUUUGAUAACAUUUUCAAACACGAACAAUGAAGCUGACAAUAAAUACUGAAUUAUACUUUUCAUUGUAUUGUAAUAAAAGGCUUCCAUUGUAUACAAAUAUAAUUAAUAAAUUAUCUUUUAAAAUGUU